UUUGUUUACAGAAUAUAGCUUUAAAUGCAUUAAAAAGACUAAACGCGAUGUGGGCGUAGUGAGGAAUUACACGUUUCUUUUCUGGGCUCACUGGACGGUCGUUUCCAUGGAGACGGGAUGCAGGGUUAUCGGCUGCUGCUAGGCCACGGAAGAAAAUGAGAGUGGAUGCUGAUUGUAGUAGGGUCCUUUUAACGUGCAGCCAUGGGAACAAUGGAGCACGGCGGAGGAAACGUGCGCACAUUUCCCAGUUUGGACGCAGUCUGGAUUUUCCGGGUCUCCUCCAGAGCGUAUUUUUUACCGGAUGGCUGUCGGUGUAAUUCCUCAGACCCCUCCCCUCUUUUCCAUAAAGUGCUCUGUGGUGAUGCUGGAAACAUAGUCUACUGUCAUGGCGCCUAGAUUCCAGGUGAAGUCUAACAUGAAGAGCCUGGAGCAGGAGCUGUACUGUCCUGUGUGUAAGGACAUAGUUAAACAGCCUGUGGUCCUGCCAUGCCAGCACAGCGUCUGCCUCAUGUGUGCCUCGGAGGUCUUAGUAGCAAACGGCUACCCGCCCCCAGACCUCCCCCCAGAGCCCAAUUCUCCAGCCUCUACACCCAACACACGCUCACCCCGUCAGGCACGCAGGCCUACACCGAAAGCUGAGCAGCGACCCAUCGACCGUGUGCUACGGGCAGGUCCCCAUCCACCGUCCCCGUCCAUGCCUCGAUCUCCGGGACAUGGGACGUAUCCAGGGCGACGGCGUAAGGAGGGUCCGCCUCUGGUGAUGAUGUUCCCAUGUGUCACCUGCCGCAGAGACGUGGAGCUGGGAGAAAAGGGCCUCACUGACUGUCUCCGCAACCUCACCUUGGAGCGUAUAGUGGAGAGGUACAGACACACAGUGAGCCUGGGCAGUGUGGCCGUCAUGUGCCAGUUUUGUAAGCCUCCUCAGGCACUGGAAGCGACAAAGGGCUGUGCAGACUGCAGGGCCAAUUUCUGCAACGAGUGCUUUAAGCUCUAUCACCCCUGGGGGACGCCACGGGCACAGCAUGAACACAUCCUGCCCACGCUUAACUUCAGACCAAAGGUUCUUACCUGUCCGGAGCACGAUCAGGAAAAACUCCAGUUCUACUGCAGGUCCUGUCAGCGGCUGCUCUGUCCUCUCUGCAAACUGCGCCGCAUCCACGGUGGACACAAAAUCCUGCCAGUGGCUCAGGCCUACCAGGCUCUGAAGGAGAAGAUUACAAAGGAGAUGAACUACAUUCUGUCCAACCAGGACACCGUUCUGGCUCAGAUUACCCAGCUGGAGAGCGCCAUCACACAGACUGAGGUAAACAGUGUGUCAGCCAGAGAACAGCUGGCCCAGAGCAUCAGGGAUCUGACGGCUGCUCUGGCCGAGCGCCACGCUUCGCUCACCCAGGCCCUGGAAUCGGCGCGGCAGAAACGAGGCGAGGCGUUGGCUGCUCAAGUGGCGGAGAGACGGAGCUUGAUGGAACACGCAGGACUGAUGGCAUUUACCCAAGAGCUGCUGAAAGAAACAGACCAGCCCUGCUUCGUACAGGCCGCUCGCCAGACUCAUAACAGGUUGAAUAAAGCUAUUGAGAACCUCCAGCAUUUCGCUCUGGCUGCUGAUCCAUCCUUUAGACAUUUCCAGCUGGACGUCUCCAAAGAACUGAAACUCCUCACAGAGCUGAACUUCAUCCAGGCUCCCCUGGCUCCGGUUAUCGACACUCAGCGUACCCUGGCCUACGACCAGCUCUUCCUGUGUUGGCGUCUGCCCCAGGACUCGGCCCCCGCCUGGCACUUCUCUGUGGAGUAUCGCCGUCGCGGUGUGGUACCAGGCGGAGCGUCCAGAGGUGGGAUCAGAGGAGGCUUGGCUGCGGCUCGCUGGGGUUGGCAGCGACUGGAUGAAGUGAGCGGAUCCAGCGCCGUGAUUGACAGGUUGGAAAUGGACAGCGUUUAUGUGCUGCGGGUGAGAGGCUGCAAUAAGGCGGGAUACGGGGAGUACAGCGAGGAGGUGUACCUGCACACGCCUCCUGCACCAGUGUUAAACUUCUACCUGGACUCUCGCUGGGGUCUCCAUGCCGACCGGCUGGUGGUCAGUAAGGAGCAGCGUUGUGCCCGAAGCGUCCCGGGUCUGUCUCUGCUGCAGGCCGCCGACCACGCUCUCACUUCCUGUCACCUGACGUCAGACCUUCUGGUGGGGGAUGUCGCCAUUACACAAGGACGGCACUACUGGGCAUGCUCAGUAGAGCCUGGGUCUUACCUAGUGAAGGUGGGUGUUGGUCUGGAAUCCAAACUGCAGGAGUGGUUUCAUCUCCCGCAAGACAUGGCCAGUCCUCGAUAUGAUCCUGACAGCGGUCACGACAGUGGAGCAGAGGACGCCCUUGAUUCAGCCCCACCCUUCUGCUUCCUCACAAUGGGGAUGGGGAAGAUCUACCUACCCCAGCACAGCUACCAGCACCACAGUAACCACGGAAACGGCAUCCGUGACCCCAUCACCAACGGCAACAGCCCCUCCUCACCCACAGGCCUCACCUACCCGCUGCCGCCGCGGCUCGGGGUGUCCCUCGAUUUUGAGAAGGGCCGGGUCACCUUUUAUGACGCCCACUCCCUGCGACCCCUGUGGGAGGGUCACGUCGAUUGCUCCGGCCCCGUGUGCCCGGCGUUCUGUUUCAUUGGCGGAGGGGCGCUGCAGCUUCAAGAGCUGGUGGCCAAUCGGAACGCAGAUCAGACUCCGGUCAGAAGGGUAACCAUCCAACCCCGUGUGUCUAAUCUGAACAACAACGGCUGAUCUGAGGUGAUAGGAUAGUUUGGAAUGUAAUCGGUAAUUGUGAAGUAUUUAUUCAGCUAGAGCGAAAAAGUUAGACAUCUCAGCGAUUUUGUUUUGUAUUUAAUUUUCUUUGUACGAGAAAAUGUUUCUAUAGCAAAGAAUAUGCAAUGUAAUUAAGUUUCUUACAUUUUUGUUACAUGCAUUUUUGCAGGAAUUAUUGCUUGAGUAGUGUCUGGCAAACCAAACACUUACUAUGUAAUUAUAUCUUUGAUGCUUGCAGUUGUCGCCAGGCUAUAUUAUGUAUGUUUAUAAAGCUAAUGUAGAUACAGCACCACACCAUGUUGUCCUUCCUGUAGAGUCAUUGCACCUCCUCCAUGUUUAAAGCUUAAUGUCAUUUAUGUUGCAAAGAUAAAGACAUUAUGGGAGUAAAACAAGCCUAAUCCAUUUUUAUUAUAUUGAUAACUGCAAUAGCUGUGUUUAGCCACACAGUCGUUGAGAUUUAUUUGUUGUCGGUGAAUGCUUUCCAAUCAUUCACCCAUUAUAAACCCAACCAAAGUUAUUGUUUUUCUGGGAUGUAAAUGUGGUAAAUUAGAGAUAGAAGACAGGAACAAUGAGGCAAUACUGUAAUUAGAAGCUCCAAUUAUACCUCUGCUGCACAGUUAAUCACUAGUUUCUGCAGUUCUGUUUGUGCAUUUGUAUUUCAAAUACAAAAAGUCUGAUGUGCGAGUGUGUGCAUGUGUGUGUUUACUUCUCUUUACGCAUGGGUGCGUGUGUGGUUUGACUGAUAACACCAUUGAUUCACUGGCUGACGGCAAAAUGUUGUUCCCCUGCAAACAAUACUUUUUUUUUUUUUUUUUUUUUUUUAGCUUUGCUUGAUUGUAAAUUAAUGAGCAGUGCUUCUUAUGAAACAAUUAGCAGAUUAUACCUAUGUAAACUUCACCUGCUGGCAGAAUGUUUGCAAAAGAAAAAUGGAUUAAGGUAAUAAACACUGAAUAAAUAACAGUUGUUUAGAUUAA